CUCUCAAUUUAAAGGUGUUGAGUGGGAAGUAACCGACUUCUAAGGCCGAAUAUUUAAAGUACAGUAUCCCAUAAGAAGUGAUGUUUAUUCGGUGCACAUAUUGUUUCGAAACUGCCGUCCCUAUUUCAAGAUAUUUCCCCCUUUAAGAAGAAAAGCUAACAUAUACUGUAUGGUAUAGCUCAGAAGCUGUUGUAGAUGCCUUGAAAAUGGAGUCACAAGACUUUUCCAAGUGGUUGAAUUCUACUAAAGAGCACUUUAAAAAAGCAUUGACAGAGGCAGAGAAAACACAGACUCUGGAUGAACUACUGCAGCUAUGUGGACCCGAACAGCUGUUAUUUUUGACUCAGACUUUUCUCCCCUUGAAUUGCAAAAUUGAUUUUCUUACUUGUCUUCCUAAUGAAAUCAGUGAUCAAAUUCUUUGUUACCUGGAUGCCACCUCAGUAUACAGCUGCUGCUUGGUGAGCAAGUCCUGGAAUAUGUGUGUAAGUCAAUGUAAGAAGGUAUGGACCGAAUUGGUCUGGCACAUCGGAGGCGUGAGACAGCGAGUCCUCAACAAACCAGCACAUGUGUACAGAAACCAGUUCAUCAGACGGAGGAUGUUCCUGACCACCUCACAGAGAGGCUUGUAUGUGUCGGGGGUGUACAGUCAGGAGAACACAGACAGUUUCUGUGUGUGGGCAUGUAGGCAAGGUCGUUUUUCUGUAUCUGGAAAAGGUUCUAGAAAGGUGUAUCUAGGUAUGAUUGAUUCGCCAGCAGAUGGAGUUUCUAUAAGGCUAGACUGUGCUGUACGGGCCAUGGCUAUGGAUACCGAAUACCUAUAUAUAGCAUCCGAUUCCAUUGCCUGUGCUUACGACCUUCAGAAAUUUGAACUUCACCAGACAUUUCAAGGUCAUCUACGUUGUCUUCUGUCCAUUGAUGGAGACUGUCGUAGUGGGCUAGUGGUGACGGGUUCGGCAGAUUGUACAGUGAAGCUAUGGAAUCUUCACACUGCUGAAAUACUUUUCUCCUCCCAACUUCACCAUGUCGGCUGGGUAUGUCAUGUUCAAAUUUUAAUGGAUUUAAACUCUUCAACAAAAGCUUUUAUGGCAUAUGAUUCUAAUGCUUAUUUAAGUGUAUGGACCGUACAUAAAUCAGAAGAUUCUGAAGUCUGGACAGUUCGGCAUGUUGAUGAUCUACUAACAGACAUGAAAAGGAUUCCGUUGCCAUCAUAUGACAAAUGUGGAUUUUUUGUGUUCCAAAAACCAGUCGAUGUAUAUCAAACAAAUUUCUGUAUCGUAACUUACUAUAAUCUAGUCUUACAAAAUCUGGAGAAUCACAAAUACAAGCUAAAAUUCAUCAAAAAUAUUGAUAUUAAUCAUCGUUUUCAAGACAUGCUAGCUAUAGGUGACAGGUUUACGAUAUAUACUCAAGUUAUACACGAGAAGAUUUCCGUAUGUGUAUACGACUUACAUGGACAAUGGCUACUGAUGAGAAUUCCCUUACCAGAACCUCUUCCAGUUGGAAGUUGGACAGUGUACUUGGAGAAACACGAUUGGUUGGGUGGUUUUACUAGUACCAACCUUCCUCAAAGCCUGUUCUAUGUUAUGGAUCCUGAAAACAUUCAUAAACAGGAGACCAAGCUCCGACAUCAGAUCAACAGACAAGUUAAUGUAUAGUGAUGACACUCCCUCUCCAUUGUGGUUAUUGGCUGGAAAGGUAACAGUUCUUUAGUUGUAUAUUAUUACGAGACUGUUACAUAGACAGCACAGACUCAUAAAAUGAUACAUACAAAUGUAUAUGUAGUGUUUUGGUCUCAGCUUUCAGUGAGAAAGUGAGGCAUUUAGUUUGUUACAGAUACAAGUGUUUAUAAUGCGAGUACAAAAAACUGUAUUUUGUACUUAUACAAAAUUUAUGAAUAUGUUUCAGAUGCACUUGUAAGUAGGAGUGAGGAUAAACCAAUUAAUUUUUUGUUUGUAAUUAGUAGAAAUUUCAUGUGUAUUAUUUUGUUAAAAGGAAAGAUUAACUGUUUACAUAAUAUUAAAGCCUUUUAUCUAAAACUC